UCAACAAACUUCUGGAGCCAGAGGCUUGUAACUAAUAUUAGCUUUAAGCUCUCUUUCUAAAACGGGAUUAAGGAGUUUAAAAAAAAAAAAAAAAAAGUUUACAGUCAAGUGUUAGUUUGGUAUAUGAUUUUCUUUUCUUCAUACGUUCUCGUGGUUCCAUUAGAUUGAGGCAUUUCAUCAAAGACAUUAUUGACUCUGAAUUUUAUAAGAUUGGAAGCAGAAAAAAAAAACUGAUUGGCAUAAAUAAAGCUGAAAAUAAUUUAUAAUUUUAGCGUCUAUCAUGUGUGACUGUUUUAUAUCUGUUACAACUUCUGUUUUUUGGGAUUGUAUUCUUACAGUCACCAGCUUGUAUCAGAUCAAAAUUAAUCAACAAAAUUUUAGAGAAAAAGAACUGUUAACCCGCUCACCUUGUAUAUAGUUUGUCAAUAUGUUAAAUUCAGUAUUGUGUUCCUCGUACAGAUCAUAGGGAUUUUCAUUAGAGAUAUGUUAGAUAUUUUUUCAUUUCUCUUUACACAUCUUAUCAAUUGUUAAACAGCUCCACUACCGAUUAAAGUUUCUAUUUACCAUCUGUUUUGCAGUUUUUAGGUGAAUCUUUAUUUAGACUACAAAAUUCAAAGCUGUUUAUCCCUUUUGUUUCAUUUUACAGAAGAAAAACAACAGCACACUAUUAUCAAAAAUCCAACACGGCAACAAAAAGAAACCUCACCUUCAAAGCUCUUUAUAAACUCAUCACCAUACAUACACAUUCAAGUUAAUCAAAACACAAAGAAACCAAAAAAAAAUGUCUACAUCUAAUACCAUAACCUUCAUUCUAUUCAUCGCAACAACACUUCUCGCGUCCAGCAACGCAGCCGAUAACGCCACAACGCAACCGCUAUUCCCAGCGAUUCUAAUCUUCGGCGACUCAACCGUGGACACAGGGAACAACAACUACCCUAUAAACACAUUCUUCAGAGCUACACAUCUACCUUACGGCAUUGAUCUCCCAAACCAUGAAGCUAACGGAAGAUUCUCAAACGGAAAACUAAUCCCCGACAUACUCGCAGCCAAAUACAACAUCAAACAGCUUGUUCCUCCUUUCUUACAACCAAAUCUCUCCGACCAAGAUAUUGUAACUGGAGUCUGUUUUGCAUCAGCCGGAGCGGGCUACGAUGACCUAACAAGUCUCUCCACUCAGGCGGUUCCUGUCUCCGAACAACCUAACAUGUUCAAGAGCUACAUUGCUCGUCUUAAGAGUAUCGUGGGAGACAAGAAAGCUAUGGAGAUUAUCAACAAUGCCUUGGUGGUUAUAAGUGCAGGGACUAACGAUUUCAUCUUGAAUUAUUACACUAUUCCUACAAGGCGUCUUCAGUACCAUCAUGUCUCUAGCUACCAAGACUUUAUUCUUAAGAGGCUUGACAAUCUCAUUGGGGAGCUAUAUAGUUUAGGUUGCAGAAAUAUUGUGAUCGGAGGUUUACCUCCUAUUGGUUGCUUACCGAUCCAAAUGACUGCUAAGUUCCGCAACAUCUUUAGGUUUUGCUUAGAACAAGAGAACAAAGACUCUGUGGUAUACAAUCAGAAGCUUCAAAAGCAAAUACCCCAGAUGCAAGCAUCUCUUACCGGAAGCAAGAUCCUCUACGCUGAUAUAUAUAACCCUAUCUAUGACAUGAUGCAAAACCCUGGCAAAUACGGGUUCAAGGAGACGAAGAGAGGAUGUUGUGGAACAGGGUUUCUGGAGACGAGCUUCAUGUGUAAUGUUCUUUCUCAAACGUGUGACAAUCACUCGGAGUUUUUGUUCUUUGACUCCAUUCAUCCAUCAGAAGCUACCUAUAAUUACAUAGGAGACUUGCUUGAUACUCAGAUCCAGACGGUAAAAGAGAAGAAGGAGGAUGUAGUGGGCCGAGUUCACACACAUGACUUGGGUCUUAGUGUUGAGUUAAGACAAAGCUCAAGUGAGAAGGCGGUAAAAGGAAGAAGUGUUAUGAGUAAUUCAAACGGUCGUCUACAGAGUACGGAAGGGAUGAGGUCAGCGACAGCUGGUGGUGUGGUCCUGAAGAAUACGUUCAGUCCUCUUGGGCAAUGCAUCGAAGGGCUGUGA